AUGCCUGGUCAAGUUCGAGAGUGGCCCGUGUGGGCUGAAUAUGCCGAACAGGGAGCAACUGAAUCGAAAGACACCGAUUUUCUCAACACCAAGAAGACCAUCAUCUCUCACUACGGCGCCGCUUCCUUACGCAAGAGCUGGGUAGAGGUCUGCAAAAAGCUCGAAACUGUCACGGAGGAAAUCAUCAGCAAAGGUCACGGCAUCAUCCCAACACUUGACGCAGCGGAAUUGCUGGAACGGGGUUUCACAAACGAGCAACGGGCAGAAGUGAAGCGUGUUGGCUCGUUUGUGGUUCGCGGACUAAUCCCCAAAUCGGAGGCUACCCAGCACUAUGCCGAUCUCAAACAAUACGUCGCCGAUAACAAGGGCAAGAUUCAGGGCUGGCCUGCGGAAACUCCAUCGAUGCUGAUGUUAUACGACUCUCCAACCCAGAACGCCCUCAGAGCCCAUCCAAACCAGCUCAAACUCCAACGUAUGCUGAACGAGCUUUGGCAUGAUGCCUCCCACGAGACAUCACCCGACCCUUUGGUCUACUAUGACGGCAUCAGGGACAGACCGCCGCGGCAAGACUUCCUUGGUUUGGGGCCGCAUAUCGACGCAGGCAGUCUGUGCCGAUGGGCUGACAAGACGUACCGGGAGGUGUACGACAACAUCUUCUCCGGAAAGCCAGACUCGCACGACUGUUACGAUCUUGGUCUACGGAAGGCCGCUAACCAAGAGUUGUACCCGGGCAUUGCGCACUCUUCCGUGUUCCGCUCGUUCCAGGGUUGGACAGCAUUGACAAGGGCGGCUCCGAACGAAGGGACCCUUCUCGUGUACCCGAAUGUUGCGACUGUGAUGUCGUACGUCAUGCUCCGACCCUUCUUCGCGCCUCCAAGUGAUCCCACGGACACCAUGGACGCAACGAAAUGGACCUUGGACGAUUCUACCAGCUGGUUUCCUGGAACCUUCAAGACGGAGAGUCAGCGACUCAGUCGCUCAUCUCACCCCCAUCUAAGGCUCGAAGAAUGCCUAGUUCAUGUCCCGAAGAUGGAGCCUGGAGAUACCGUCUGGUGGCACACGGAUGUAUGUCAUGCCGUGGAUCCGGAGCACCAUGGAACGGAAAAUGCAUCCGUGGUGUACAUAGCCGCAUGCCCGUCAACGCCAAACAACAAGGAGUACGUGAAGAAGCAGCUCGAAGGGACUCGCGCCGGAAGACCACCGCCGGAUUACGCUGCGGGUAACAGUCUAGAUGAGACAACAUUGAAGGGGUAUGUGGGACUUGACGGGCUGAGUGAAGAGGCGAAGAAGGCGUUCGGUUUCGACCUGUAA